GCAUCUUUAGAGCUAGCAACUACAGGCAUAAAAAGUAAAGCUAAUGGAUUUACUUGAGAAUAAGGACUCAUGGUAAGCAGUGUGGUAAUAAAAUGAUCUUGGCCCUAGAUUGUUCACUUAACAAUGUAAAGUUGGUUUCAUUUAAAGAGAAAAGAAAAAAUAAGGAGAAAGAUAUUAGUGGGGAAUCCUAAGCUUGAUGGGAGUAACAGUGAAGAUGACCCAAGCGUUGUAUCCUGAAACACCAAGCAUCAUCAAGUGGGUCACUGAACUGAAGUGAGAAUAGAAUUAAAAUUAAUCAAUAUAACUAUCAUUAAUGUGAUCUCCUUUUCACAUUAUUUUCUCUCUUCAACUUUGAACUAACCUCUUCAGACUCUCUCACAACACUUCCACCCUUUCUAUCAUUCGAAGUCCAUCUACGCAGAAAAAGAGGACAUGAUUUUCGAAAAAGAUGAAGCUAUUGAAAUAUUCACCAAUCAACCCCAUGAUGACUUAAAAAUCAACAACAAUAGUUAUCAAGGAAUUGAAGAAAGAAACCAAAGAGAGUGGCUAAAUCUAAGCCUAGGUGGGAAUUCGGUGUCAGCAAUAGGAGAGAGCUCUAUCUCGACAGCGGGGGAUUACGAUUCACAGGCAGGACCUACUUCUAGCAAGGUUUUCUCAUGUAACUUUUGCAAGAGAAAGUUCUAUAGUUCACAGGCACUUGGCGGUCAUCAGAAUGCUCACAAAAGGGAAAGAGGUGCAGCCAGAAGAUACCACUCACAAAGAAUGAUGACAAUUAUGGGUUUGCCCAUGAAUACACCCAUGGGCAGAUCACUCGGAGUCAGACCCCAUUCGCUUGUGCACAAACCAAGCAGAGAAGCAAGUGGAAUGACUCUUGCAGCGAGAUUCAACGAAGCUCAUGCAGGGUUCGGAAUGCCUUGUGUGCCCUUCACAAUGGAGGAGGCCAUGGAUAUAAUAUGGCCUGGCAGCUUUCGCAUGGAUAGACAAAUACCAGAGCCACCAUCAGAACCAAUCAAGCUUGAUUUAAACCUUCGACUUUGAAAUAUUCCGCUACUAUAGUUUAGAUCUUAUCAUAUUACUUCUAUUAAAGUAGUUUUCAACUUGUUCAUCCAUCAAAUGCCAAAACUAAUAUAGGAGAGCAACCAAAUCUAUCCAAAAUUAUCAUCUGCAAAAAAAAAAGUAGUUCUCCUUUGUAAAGCUAGACGAAAUAUGAAGAAUUAAUGAUCAUCCAGGUAUAGCCACAGCACAACAGAACCUGUUAUCUACCUGCUCUUCAGUUGCGUACAGAGAAAUACAUGUGGACCAAGUAUGUAAGGAUUUUUAUUAAUCUUGAUAUAACAUAAAAAGUUUUACCUCCAA